GUCUUCAGCUGUUGCAAUAGGAAGUGGCUGUGUUACUCAUAAUUCCAACGCACUCUGGCCCCAUAUAAACGUGUCGUGCGACGAAUCUUUUAGCUUUAUUCUUUUGUUUCCUGUCCGUAUCACUUUUUUCUCUUUCUUCACGAUCAGGCAGCUCCAAGGCGUGGACAAGCCCGUGUGGAUGUUAUUAGAGUAGUCAGUUUGAAUGUAACGAUGGGUCUAGAACAAGUGCGGAUAUCCAUUUUCGCUUUCCUACUGGCCGCCGUGCUCGCUGCAGCCACCUCUUCUGAUCCGAGCGCCUCGGCCGCCCAGCGCUGCUUCUGUCAGGUUACUGGCCACCUUGAUGACUGCACUUGUGAUGUCGAGACCAUUGACCUCUUCAACAACCAGAAGCUCUUCCCCAAAUUACAGAAACUCCUGGAAUCUGAUUACUUCCGGUAUUAUAAGGUGAAUCUAAAAAAAGCAUGCCCUUUUUGGUCCGAAAACAGUCACUGUGGGAUAAGAAGUUGUGCAGUGAAGCCAUGUAAUUUGAAUGAGUUACCCAUUGGGCUCAUGUCUUCUAAUAGCAAGUACUCAAAAGAAGCAUCUGAGGAACAGGAAGACUGUGAAAAAGCUGGAAAACUGGGAGCCAUCGAUAGUUCUUUAAGUGAGGAGGCACGACGGACACUACAGGAGUGGAAUCGGCAUGAUGAUGAAGCAGAUCGUUUUUGUGAAGCUGAUGAUGAGCAAUCGCCAGACUCAGAGUACGUGGAUUUGCUGCUGAACCCUGAGCGCUUCACUGGUUACAAGGGUGCAGAAACCUGGAAAAUCUGGAACAGCAUCUAUGAGGAGAAUUGCUUCAAGCCAAACACAAUUAAAAGACCUUUGAACCCACUUGCAGCUGACAGAGGUGAAGAUGAAGGUAGAUCAUUUUACCAUUGGCUUGAAGGUCUGUGUGUUGAAAAGAGAGCCUUUUUCAGAUUGGUCUCUGGGCUUCAUGCUAGCAUCAAUGUACAUCUUUCUGCUCGGUAUCUUCUUCAAGAUAACUGGUUUGAACAGAAGUGGGGUCAUAAUGUCUCAGAGUUCCAGUUGCGCUUCGAUGCCAAUUUGACUAAGGGAGAGGGACCUCGGCGACUGCGCAAUCUGUAUUUCUUGUACUUGAUUGAGCUGCGAGCAUUAUCCAAGGUUCUUCCCUUCUUUGAGAGAACCUCUUUCCAGCUGUAUACUGGUAAUGCAAUUCGGGACAAGGAGAACAAAAACCGUCUUCUGAAGAUCUUGGAUCUUAUUAAAUCUUUCCCUCUGCACUUUGAUGAAAAUUCACUGUUUACUGGAGAUCAAAAGGAGGCGCAAAAACUGAAGGAUGACUUCAAGCACCACUUCCGAAACAUCUCCAGAAUCAUGGAUUGCGUUGGAUGCUUCAAGUGUCGUCUCUGGGGCAAACUACAGACGCAGGGUUUAGGAACAGCACUAAAAAUCUUGUUCUCGGAGAAGCAGAUUGAGGCAAUGCCGGAUUUGGAAUUUCCAGAUUCACCAUCCAGCUUCCAACUUUCCCGGCAGGAGAUUGUUGCUCUGUUUAAUGCUUUUGGCAGAAUUUCAACAAGCAUAAAAGAGCUUCAGACCUUCCGUGACCUUCUGUCAAGAAUUCAAUAACCAGAGGAUGAUUAUGUGAAGUUUCUAACCCCCUAAUCUUUUUCAAAUUGUGAAACCUGACCAGAUAUGUUGCACAUUUUAAAAUGUGGUGUGGGUGUUUGAGUCUUUCCUCUGAGCGCUUCACAUUUUAACUACCCUGAGCUUUAUGGCAUGUAUGGUGCACACUUACAGUAAGUUGUGGAGUCCUGUAGUUAAGCACCGCACAUCUGUGCUAUUUUCUAAUUGCUCAUGGAUUAUGUGGACCACCCUGCAAUGAAGUGGAUGCCAGCAUUGCCUAUGAAAUCUGACAUUUUGGAACAUUAAGCAAGCAAAGCCAAAUCUCCUCUCUUAUUCUAGACAGUGGAGUGUUGCUGUUUAAUAGUUUUACAGGCCUUUAGUUAAUUUAGAUUAAUUCUAGGGCUGUGCUACUGGCAUGGGGCUAUUUAAGAGUCCAACAGCCACUGCCUAACAAAUAGUGGGUUUUUUUUUUUUUUCUUUUUCAAAAAUAAGGGGGCACACUUUUUGGUUUUUUUUUUUGGUGGACUUUUGAAACUUGGAUCUAUGUACUACUGAAAGAGUUUAAUGUUUGCACUAUUAUAUUACAGAGGAAAUAUUUUUUUGGUAAACUUUUUUAAAUAUAAAACAUUAAAUUUAUAUAAUAUCUUAAA